UGGAGAGAGUUGAGGGCUUCCUGCCGCGCCGCGCGGGUGUGUGUGUGUGCGCGCGGGUCGGGCCGGGAGCUAGAGGGGAAUGGCUGCCUCCGGCUGCUUAGAGAGCUGAUCAGCCGGUGCCUGGGGCGUUGCGAGCCGGGACCCGGGACCCGGGGAGCGGACCUGCUCUGCACCUUGCGCUUUUCUCCCGCUUGAUGCUGCCCGUCUCCAGGAGCCUCUCACCAUGAUCGAUAGCUCCAAGAAGCAGCAACAGGGCUUCCCGGAGAUUUUAACUGCUGGGGAUUUCGAACCGGUCAAAGAGAAGGAAUGCCUUGAGGGGAGCAACCAGAAAAGUCUCAAGGAAGUGCUCCAGCUGAGGCUCCAACAGAGGAGGACGAGAGAACAGCUGGUGGACCAGGGCAUCAUGCCACCUUUGAAGAGCCCAGCUGCAUUCCAUGAGCAGAUAAAAAGCUUGGAACGAGCCAGAACUGAAAACUUUUUGAAGCAUAAGAUUCGGAGCCGACCAGAUCGUUCUGAACUUGUCAGGAUGCACAUUUUAGAAGAAACAUUUGCAGAACCAUCCCUGCAGGCUACUCAGAUGAAGUUGAAAAGAGCUCGACUAGCGGAUGAUCUGAAUGAAAAGAUUGCUCAAAGACCUGGUCCUAUGGAGCUGGUAGAGAAAAACAUCCUUCCUGUAGACUCCAGUGUUAAGGAAGCAAUUAUAGGCGUUGGGAAGGAGGACUAUCCUCAAACUCAGGGCGAUUUCUCAUUUGACGAAGACAGCAGUGAUGCUCUGUCUCCAGACCAGCCAGCCAGCCAGGACUCGCAGGGGUCCGCCGCUUCCCCGACUGAGCCAAAAGUUAGUGAAUCGCCGUCUCCCGUGACUACAAGCACUCCAGCCCAGCAGUUUACUUCAGUGUCCCCAGCAGUUCCUGAAUUCUUGAAAACUCCUGCUCCGGAUCAGCCCCCGACCAGGUCCCCCGCUCCUGUCCUCCCCACAAACACCGUGUCCUCAGCAAAGCCUGGCCCGUCGCUGGUGAAGCAAAGCCAUCCCAAGAACCCUAACGACAAACACCGGGGCAAGAAGUGCAAAGAUCCCAAGCCGCGGGUGAAGAAGCUCAAGUACCACCAGUACAUCCCGCCCGACCAGAAGGGGGAGAAGAGCGAGCCCCAGAUGGACUCCAACUACGCCCGCCUGCUCCAGCAGCAGCAGCUGUUCCUGCAGCUCCAGAUCCUGAGCCAGCAGCAGCAGCACUACAACUACCAGACCAUCCUGCCCGCGCCGCUCAAGCCACUCAAUGACAAAAAUAACAACAGUGGAAAUUCAGCUCUGAACAGCACCACGCCUAAUACACCAAGACAGAAUCCAUCUGCUUCCGUGAGAAAGCCGGGGCCCCUGCCUUCUAGCCUGGAUGACUUAAAGGUGUCGGAACUGAAGACGGAGCUGAAGUUACGGGGUCUUCCGGUGUCGGGCACCAAACCGGACCUCAUCGAACGCCUGAAGCCCUACCAGGAAGUGAGCAGCAGCGCUGUUGCUGCCGGCGGCGUCCUGGCGGUGCCAGCGUCUGCCAUCGUCGCCAGCAACCCAGAAGUCACCGUGGCACUGCCGGUGACAACGCUGCACAACUCCGUGACGAGCUCAGGCCCCUCUUUCAAGGCAGAGUUGCCGCCUGCCGGAAGCAGCAACGUCGCCCACGCCGAGAGCGUCAGCUCCCCCCUGCCCAUCUCGCCUUCCCCCUCCGAGCAGUCCAGUCUCGGGACCGAGGACACAAGCAUGGCAGACACGUUCACCGAGAUCAUGACCAUGAUGUCUCCCGCGCAGUUCCUGUGCUCGUCGCCGCUGAGAGUGACGGGCAGCGAGGACAGCCCGAGUCCCGCCAGCAGCACGCUGUCGAGUCUGGAACUGGACGCGGCCGAGAAGGACCGCAAGCUGCAGGAGAAAGAGAAGCAGAUCGAGGAGCUAAAGAGGAAACUGGAACAGGAGCAGAAGCUCGUGGAAGUUCUGAAAAUGCAGCUUGAGGUUGAAAAGCGAGGGCAGCGGCAGCAGCAGCAGCAGCCGCUGGAACCCCAGCCCGGUGCCGCGGCCAGCUCUGCCGGCAAGUUAGAUCCGAAGCAUGGCGGCGUGGGCUCCCCCGUCAAGGACGAGACCGCGCUGCCCGACUGCUCCAGCCCCAGGCGGCCUGGCCCGCUGGCCAGCCAUCCUGUGGGCCAGCCUGUCUCGGCGGGUGGCCAGACCCUGGUUGCCAAAAAGGCCGUAGUGGUCAAGCAGGAGGUCCCCGUGGCCCAGGCCGAGCAGCAGAGCGUCAUCCCACAGUUUUACGUGAGUUCCCAGGGACAGCCGCCGCCUGCCGUUGUCGCUCAGCCUCAGGCUUUACUGACCACACAAACCGCUCAGCUGCUGCUGCCGCUGUCCAUCCAGGGCUCCAAUGUCACCUCAGUGCAACUCCCAGUAGGCAGCCUCAGACUCCAGACCCCACCACAAGCAGGAAUCCAGACUCAGACUCAGCCGCAGACAGCAGCCACCACCCUGUCCUCAGGCUUAGCCCAGACCGUACCUCAGAAGCAAGAAGCUUUCACGCCACAUGUGCUCAGUCAGCCUCAGCAAGUUAGAAAGGUUUUCACGAACUCGGCAUCAAAUUCAGUUCUUCCGUAUGAGAGACCACCUGCUCCAGCGGUCCAGCAGCCCUUUGUGAACAAGACCUCCACCAGUGUUCUUCAGUCCAGAAGCGCACCACUUGCCUCCCUGCAGAAUGGACCUACCGCUUCCAACAAGCCUAGUUCGCCCCCUCCACCCCAGCAGUGCGUCGUCCAGCACUCCCUGUUUGGGAGCCCGGUCCCCAAGACAAAAGACCCUCCCCGCUACGAGGAGGCCAUCAAGCAGACACGUGGUGCCCCGUCCUCCCUUCCAGAGAUUUCCAGUGCACACAGUCAGCAGAUGGACGACCUCUUUGAUAUACUUAUCAAGAGUGGAGAGAUUUCCCUCCCUAUAAAAGAAGAGCCUUCUCCCAUUUCCAAAAUGAGACCAGUGACAGCCAGCAUCACCACAAUGCCAGUCAACACGGUGGUGUCCCGGCCCCCUCCCCAAGUCCAAAUGGCACCACCCGUCUCCUUAGAACCCCUGAGCAGUUUAUCUGCCAGCUUAGAGAACCAGCUAGAAGCUUUCUUGGAUGGAACUUUACCUUCGGCCAACGAAAUUGUUCCCCUGCAAAGCAGCAGUGAAGACAGAGAGCCCUUCUCUCUGAUCGAGGACCUCCAAAAUGACUUGCUGAGUCACUCAAGUGUGCUGGACCAUUCACACUCACCCAUGGAGACUUCUGAAGCCCAGUUUGCUGCAAGUACCCCCUGUCUGUCACUUGACCUCUCUGACUCAAACUUAGACAACAUGGAGUGGCUGGACAUUACCAUGCCCAACACAUCGGGACUCACUCCCCUCAGCGCCACCGCUCCCAGCAUGUUCUCCACUGACUUUCUAGAUCCACAAGACCUGCCGUUGCCAUGGGACUAACAUCACAGAUUUCUCGUCCGAGUUCCUGACGUCUAAGAAGAUGAAGAUCGUUCUGAUGAGGGCAGUUUUUAGAGACAGAUCCAUAGCGGCGUUGUUGCAAUUAAAAUAUGUCAUAGAAAGGGUGGCUAGAUGGUCACAGCCUGGAAACCAAGUGUGAAAACAUGUCAUUGCAUCCAGCGGUGAAUUUCUACAAUUUAACAUAGCACGGGGCCUUCUGAAAAAAUCGCUGGUCAAAGAAGACUCAUUCGUUUUUCCAGACUUCAGUAAAGAAUGCAGAGUACCUUUAGAUAAAGACAUGACAGAGAGUGACGUGUGCAGGAUAACUACAUGAGGGUUCUCCGUCAACUACAUUUAAACCUCUGUGGUCGCUUUAAGACCCCAAAUAGAAGGCAGACAGCUCCACUCACAAGAGGAUGCCAGUUGAGGGAGGUGAGAGGUCACUGCACAUGGUGUUUCCUAGAAAUGGCCUGAGCCUGGUCAGGCAGCACAGGCAGUGGAGAGAGAGCGCCAGCCAGUUCCGGGACAGCUUCCAGCUGAAGAUUUUCGGUUCCAUUCAGAAACCAACAUAAUUUUUUGUGUGUUGUAGUUUAUUUUGUGGUUUGGGGAAUCUUACUUUAGAUUCCCAAAUUUCAAUUCAAAUGGAUGAUCUUUCACCAUCACCAGACAAUGUAAAAAAAAAAAAAAAAAAAAAUACGGUCAUAAACCACUGUACAAAGUCCACAUAUAAUGAAUGAUAACACUGAAAAUUCUAUUAGCAACCCUCGGGGUUGAUUAGAUUGAUUUUCAUGUGUAUAUUAGACACUUGUAUGUACACUCUCACAUGUGGUAUGUACAGCCUACACUGGGGUAAGGGAGUGGGUAGCCAGCGGUUCUACUUGUUUUAAUAACUAGAAUAUUUCUAGAGUACUUGAGCCAUGUGUAUUUCUGUAUUUAAAGAAAAGCUGACUGAUUUCAGGUAACCAGACCCAUCUCAAAGAACCCAGGAGGCUCCAGUGUGAACGGUCCUCCUGAGCUGGUGAGUUGCAAAGAGAGGGCAGCGGAGAAGGCUGUCGUCAGCCGGGACAUUCCUGCAGCGGCUCCGAGUUAGACUCUCACCAGGCUGGCCGCCAGCCUCCGGCUCUGGCCGCCUCUCCUGUCGCUUUUCCCUGCCUGUCAUUUUAUAGGCUUGUAACUGGAUGUCAUACCCGAGUUCUCGCUAUAUUAUCAGGCCGAAGAUUGAAAAACUGGAGGUUUUAGUAGUUUUUUUUUUUUACAUAGAAGUUGUCACGUUUGUUGAGUAGUUUCUGAAGAGUUUUCUAAAAUGCCAACUAUCACAGGACUUCCAAAAUUAGGUCAAGCUAGUCAUUUAAGUAUACGAUAAGAUGUAAAUAACUGAAGAAAAACCCUGCAAUCUACCAAAAAGCGUGAAGGUGUUUGUUAAAUACCAUUGUCAUGCUCUACGCCUUGCUUUGUGUGAACCCGAGGGUCAGGCUGAUCUCUCUGGGUCGUGAGGUGGUGAUAUCCCCACAGCGACAUGGGAAGAGCCAGCCUGACCCACUGUCUGGAAAGAACUGGGGAAUCACUGCCGGGUUUGCGUUCUGCCGCAGAGCCGACCUCCUUUCAGAUUUUUAUUUUGGCUUCUCGAUCUUACUACAUGCAAGGCAAGUUUGUUUUUUCCGUAUCCGGUCGCCCCGCACACUGCAGCCCUCUGUGAGGUGGCACUUCCCAAGGUGAAAGCACUUCUGAGUGGUUCGAGGAAGAAGCGGUUAUGCUCAGUGUGGUCUGAGUAGUUGAGAUGGCGAGGAACUGGCAGGCCGGCGCAUGCAAUCUAGAAACUUCGAAGCAGGAUGUACCCGUGAGCAAGGGCGAGGGCACCAGCCGCCCUCUGGGGAUGGAGGGCCCGUUCGCUCGGGCAGGCCCUUCCUCCUCUCAGGGGAGGUCAAGGCCCGGGGCUUCACUCAGAUUGAAACGAGGCUUACGAGGUUGGCACCCGACAUCGUGGGACUGCAGGGGACGGUGGCGCCGCCUCGUGUCCCGACCCCGCCCCCCCUUCCGUCACCCUGAGCCACGCGCACACCGGGUGUCCCAGCCCUCAGCAGUCCUCUUCGCUCUCGUCAAACAGGGUUUGAAACACGCCCCAGGAAGGCCCCUCUCCAAAAUACACACCCGGCGCGGAGAAGGCCGUCUCCCCAGCCUGCUCUCUGCCUGCCACGCACCGCGAAGGUGCCCGCUUCACACGUGCGUUGUCGCCGUCACGUGCAGGGCUUCCUCGGAAGGGAAGGCGAGGAGGCUCCCGUUCGGGGCUCCGCCGGCCUCCCGCUCGCACCAUUCCUUCGGGGCCCGGCCAGGGCGGCGAGCCCGGCGUCCGUGCCGUGUGGGCGGCCGCCGGGGGCCCCCGUUCCACAUUCUAGGUUAGAAGGAGGACACGGAGCUUGGGCAGCGUGUGACGAGACCAAAGAGGACACGGAAACGAGGCCCCUGACCUGAGUCUGUGGACGCGAUACAAAGCGCGACGGAAGGCUGUGCAGUCCAGAGGACUACUGUUACUGUCCGAGGUGGGGGUCUCACGGCCAUCGAAGCCCAGGGCAGGGUGGCGGCGGACGUUCGUUGUGAACGCCUGUAGCGUAGACGUCGUGCGUAGCGCCGUGCGUCAUGCGUCGUCUUGCAGACUGCCAUUGGCCAAGGAAACGGCCGGCUCCGGGACGUACGCGUUUCCUCACAUCCACGCUUCCUUCCCUAAAUGUUCCUGAAACACGACAGAACCAAGCUUGCCUUUCGAGUGUACGCAGUUCUUUCUUGGUCACGUCACUGGGCGGCCGGUCGAACAGAAAGUGACACCGAAGCGUCUCCAGCCUUUGGAAGCCCAGGGGCACGUGGGCACCUUGUCCAUCUCCGCAAAGCGCGUCUAGGGAGCCGCUGCAGGCGGGUCGUUGGUGGUUCACGUUCUAGCAUUCUCCUGAAUCGUGCAACCUACUGUACAGUAUUUGCCACCUAUUUGGACAAAGACAUGGUCUCAAUUCGUGGGAUUUCUUGCUCGGAUGCUUUGUGUUUCAUAGGACUAUUUUUAUAGCACUAGAGAGAGCUCAUUUCAGUUCCCUUUCUAAACUGCACAGUUCUGUGACCCACGUAACUGAGGCUGGAGGAGGUGCGGUUUUGGAACAGGGGCGAAGGUAGCCUGGUGUUGCCUCCCAGCUGCCGCCUCCUGAAAGCAAAGUCAUGGUAAGAAGAUAGCGCCACGGAACUGUGCAGUCAGCGUAUCGGCGGCGUGUUGCCCAUCCUGUCACCAAAGUUGACUCAGGCUUCCUCUGCCCUUUCAACCCCAAUCAUUCCAGGCCACACAGCUCUCUUCAGAGCCCUUUCAGAAUUCCUAGGCGGAAAGCAGCCACAGGAGCUGGCCAAGCAGCCGUCCCCGCAAGUGAUGGGACAGUCCCUCUAGUCUGCCAAGAGACUGGGCCACAGAGAAGCAGUGAAGGCAGUGGGCCCGCCUGGCCUCAUCGGGCUCCUGCCUGGGGGCAGAGAGGCCGCGGCCCGGUGAGCCUGUGGCACCACCAGGGACUUGUUAGAUAAGUUCCGGGAGAACAGCUGUCCAGUGUCUACCAACAGAGCAACACAGGCCAUUUAUCCAGAUCCACAAGUAACCCUCCAUUUUCCGCCAUCUGGCCCUGCCGACGUGUGCAAGCUGGCUCCUGGCGCCAGAGCGGGCUACCACACAAACUGUCCACCACCCUGGAGGCCACGCAGCCCACACCGUCAAAGAACAUUAAGUGGAAGGUCAGGUUUAUCAGGGAGCACAGCUUACAAGUGCAGAGAUGCAGAUUGGGAGAGCAUCCUACCUGCGCAUCAGCUCAUCCUCUGAGUGGUUUCAGUCAAAACUGGAAAAUCACCAGAAGCAGUAAUUCUCUGUCCUGGUCCCCACCGUCGCUCACUCACCGUCCGUCCGGGCUGCCUUUCUCAUGUGUGAAGUGACUGCCCGCAUGACACCCAAGAGGGGUCUGUGUCUUCCCCACUCCCCCUGGCCAACCUGCCUGCAGAGCUGAUUCGAAGCCCACGCUUCAUAAAGCUGCACGUUUACAGAGUGCUCAUCGCCCCCCCCCGCGGCGCCCCCCCCCUACACACUGCUCUGCCAGUUACCAGCCAGAAAGGUCACAAUUCUGUGACACGAGGAUGGCGGUCUCAGACCAAAGGUGCUGUCUGGAAUCAAAACAGGCCACUGGCGAUUAUCAGCACAGCUGUUGUGUUGAACAGAGCUUUGUGCCAACUACUAAGACAAAGCUUUAACCCAGUUCACAGAAUCACCGAGACUUGUAACAGUUACCUCUCUACAUGAUGCUGUAAGGAGACUUGCUAACUUGGUAGGAAGAGGGAGCAUUUAGGGAAGGGUUUAGUAUCUACCAAAAGUACUUAACCUCAAGUAACCAGUAGUAAUGCAAACUCGCUUUAAAGGAACCAAAGGCAUUGCCAAGUAUUUGCCAAAAGGAGGCACUUUUUAUUUAAAAUUUGAGACUAACGAGCUCUCAAGAAUCAGUCCCAAAAAGGUAUUAUCCAUUUAAGGUUAUAGUUUUCACAAAGAUGUAGAUAUUUCUCUGUUGUUUUCAUGUAAAAUAGUAUAGAUUUGUUUUGUUGGUUUCAGAAGAAUGCAUAUUUAGUAGUAAUACAGAGUUUCUUCCUAAGUACAGGUUAGUUUCCUUUUUUUCUUGCUUGCAGUAGAAACACAGCGUGAUAGGUGUUUCUCUUCUUAUUUUCAUGGUCACAUCAUGUCUUAGCAUCUCACUUUAUGAAAACAAGGAGAAAGAUACCCAUCUACAGAGCCCCGCUUACUAAAGCACUAGCCUAAUAAAAAAAUUACGGCAAUCGGGGGGUCCAUUCAUGUACUGCCUUUAUGUUGUUUUUUAAAAGAAAAACCAUGAUGCCUUUGUAUUUGCUGUUUGCACCCCUGAAAUCAAUUCCGUAUCAUGUCUGAACGCCAUACAUUUUGCACAUGUCCUGUACAUAGGCAACGCAUACUGUAUUUUUAUAUGUGUGCACACUGAUCGUCAGAUCUUUUGUACAUAGUGGCAGUAUUGUAGCCGAUCGGGAAACGUUUGAUAUCUCAGCAAUUUUGCAUUUUUUGUGUCUCAAAUAAAAAACAUUUUGAUGUA